AUGCCAUUCAUUUUCAAUUAGAUUAACAACUUAAUUUAUCUAAUUCAAUUCAUUUUUUAAGAGAAAUUGUAAAUAGGCAUAUUGAUUUCAAAUUACAUAUUGAAAAUUAUGUUAAUUAAUCAACAUGUAAAGUAGCAAUACUCCAACAAAACAUCAUCUCAAUUACAUUAAAUCAAUUAUAAAUACUUUUUUCUUAACUAAUAAAUGAACUUCAAAUAUAAGAAAUAAAGUUAUGUUCUAUGGACAUUCAAAAAAAUAACUAAGUAGUCUUGUAAAAACUAUAAUUUCUAAAUGAUUUAAAUACAGAUAAUGAGUUAUCAGUCAAAUAAGACAGUCUAAUUUAAGUACAUGAAAAAAUUAUAUUCUUCAAGUCUUAUAUUCUAAAUUAUCAAAAUGGAACUUAAAUGCUAUGUUAGUGCAUAAAUGAUUAGUUAUACUAAGUGGAAUACUUCUAAAAGUUCUUUCAUCAUUUAUAGUUAAUCCUUUCUGAUUUCAUGUUUGAUAAUCAAGUUUCCACAAAAAGAACUAAUUGUUCAAAAAUCCAAUAAACUCAAUGAACAUGAAGAUUUUAUCAUCAAAUAUGAUGUUUAUAUUGAAGGAGGAGGAAAAAUAAAUCUGUUUUACAUUUAAAAAUAAGAUAGGUUUACACAAAAAAUGAACUCUUCUUAAAGUCUUUAGUUCUAAUUGUCAAAAGAAAGAUCUUCAAAUGUAGAAUUUAAGGCAAAAAAGUAGUAUAUCAUAGCUUAAACAAGUUAGUUCAUGUUUUAAUUAACAUCAUAAAUUAUUUUUAUCACAUUCUAUAGUUCUUAGUUUAAUAAUAAUAUGAAAAUUAUUAUUAAUUUCAUAGAAUGUGAGAUUGGGAUAUAUCUAUAUUUAUCAUUCUGUUUCUUCAAUUAAUAAUUGACAACACAACCAAUCCAUUUUUUUUAACUAUUGUUUGGAUACAAUAAUAAAAGGUCAAUAUUUCAGAAAGUCAUCAAAAUGAUUGAAAAAAUAACAAUUAUUGUAGUUUGUUUUAAUAAAUAAUGA